AUGGCGCUCAUCAACAACUUCUGCUUUCUCUCCUUUCUUCUCUUCCUCAUCGCUUCCCCACUCCUCCAAGUUGUUAGGUGUCAGUCAGAUGAAGCUGCAGAGAAUGCUGGUGAAGUGAGUGACAUUGGAAUUGUUGGUGAUGAAAGUGAUGAAGCUCAAGACUUUGCUGAUCGAGGUUUCCCUUCUGCCCCGGGAAUUGAGACCAUCUGUGUCUUCCCUAAGAAUAUUGCAAGAUUGGUAAAAGGUGGUGAAGAGGCAGAGCUGCUUGUUGGUCUGAAAAAUGAUGGGCAGUCGAGUUUGAAUGUUGUUGCAAUUAAGGCUAGUGUUCACCUUCCAUUUGAUCAUCAACUUCUUGUUCAAAACCUUACUGUUCAGGUUUUCAACAAUGGCUCUGUGCCAUCAUCAACUCAGGCUACUUUCCCAUAUAUAUUUUCUGUCAGUAAGUUCUUGCAGCCUGGACCGUUUGAUCUUGUGGGCACCAUUAUAUAUGAGAUAGACCAACAUCCAUACCAAAACACCUUAUAUAAUGGCACAAUUGAAGUUGUUGAGCCUGGUGUUUUAUUCAGCAUGGAAUCUGUUUUUCUUUUUACUCUUGGAACUGCACUUCUUGUCCUACUUGGGCUAUGGAUUAAUGGUCAAAUACAGAACUAUAAGAAACCAAAAAGAUCUUCCAAAGUUGAAGUUGGGACUAAGACUACAAAAGCCAUUGACUUUGUUUCGGUACUAGGCAGCCUUCCGUCUCAAGGUUAUCAAAUCCAGAAUUUUGUACCUACAAAUGACACUUUCUCGCUCUUCUCAAUUAAUAUGGUAAACUCCGUGUCUGUUGCCAAAAACGUAAAUUGGUCAACACAUGUACCUAACAACACAACUGCAUCAGAUACUGCACCGGUGCUCACGCGAUGCUGA